AUGGCAGGAAAUAUGGGUAUGCUGUAUCUUCUGGCACUUUGCGUGCUCAACAACCGCGAACUCAACAACCGCGAACUCAACAACCGCGAACUCAACAACCGCGAACUCAACAACCGCGAACUCAACAACCGCGAACUCAACAACCGCGAACUCAACAACCGCGAACUCAACAACCGCGAACUCAACAACCGCGAACUCAACAACCGCGAACUCGACAACGAGGAAUUCCAGCCCAGACCAAGUGAUCAGUUUUUACCUCAAGAUCUGCAACCGCAAACAGAACAGUUUCCUCUGGCUCUUCUGCCCAAGCAGCCAGUGGUGCAGGCAGAGCCUCUUGACAAGUGUGCUGUAGCUGAUUAUGAACAGAUCCAAUGUGGACCACCUGGUAUUAGUGCUGCUGAGUGUGAGGCUAUUAACUGCUGCUUUGAUGGACUGCAGUGUUACUACGGGAAAGUGGUGACUGUCCAAUGUAUAAGAGAUGGCCAGUUUGUGGUUGUGGUUGCUAGAGAUGUGACGUGGCCUUCACUAAGUCUGGAUACGGUCCGUCUGUUGGGUGGAAGUGACCCACCUUGUGCUCCAGUUGGGUCCACACCUUCCUUUGCCAUUUACCAGUUCCCUGUCACUGCUUGUGGCACAAGCAUGAUGGAGGACAAUGGAUAUGUGGUGUAUGAGAACAGAAUGACUUCAUCCUAUGAAGUGGGGAUUGGACAACUUGGUUCCAUCACAAGGGACAGUCACUUUGAGCUUCUCUUCCAGUGUAGGUAUUCUGGCACUGCUGUUCAAGCUCUGGUUGUGGAGGUCAACACCGCUCCUCCACCUCCACCUAUAGCUGCUCCUGGACCCCUCAGAGUGGAGCUUCGCCUGGCAAAUGGACAAUGUGUCACUAAAGGAUGUGCAGAAGAGGAUGCUGCGUACACAUCCUACUACAGUGACGCUGAUUACCCUGUCACAAGAGUCCUACGACAACCUGUGUAUGUUGAGGUGCACCUUUUGGAGAGGACUGACCCCAAUAUUGUCCUGAUGCUGGGACACUGCUGGGCGACAUCAACCCCAGAUCCCCUCAGCCUACCUCAUUGGGACCUUCUAGUUAAUGGAUGCCCAUACCAGGAUGAUCGUUACCUUACCACACUGGUUCCUGUGGAUGGCUCCUCUGGUCUUCAGUUCCCAACCCACUACAAGCGCUUCAUUGUGAAGAUGUUCACGUUUGUGGAUCCAGCAUCCCUAGCUCCUCUGCAGGAAACGGUCUUCAUUCACUGUAGUACAGCAGUGUGCCAUCCCUCUUUCACUGGUUCCUGUGAGCAGAGCUGCGCAAGGCAAAGAAGGGAUGUCUAUGUUAAGGCCACCUACAGUAAGGGAGCUGUGGUUUCUAGUGGUGAAAUUAACUUUGUUCUGUGA